AGAGCGAACGUGAAGCUGAAGCAGCAACAGCAGCGCCCGUGUCGUUCUGUUUGUAUCCGCGCGCGCGGGGCUGUCUCUUUAAACCCAACGUCGCGCUUGAUCCCCGUCGCUUUGCCACGCACCGCCCAGGGACUCGCCGUGCGCGACGCGAAUGGAGGACCCUGCGGACACAGGAGGCGGUGGUGGUGGUGGUGGAGGUGUGAGAGCCACUUCUACGGCCCUUUCCAAGCAGGUAACGGAGAUCCGCUGCCCGGUGGGGGCCCGUCCCUUACGGUUAGUGGAGUGGAAAGUGAAGCCCGGCUCGCAGGUGAACAUCGACUCGGUGUUGGCCCUGUGUGUACCUAUUCCUGCAGAACGAGAAGCCGGAGACGAUAGCAGCGGCGAGAGACUGAACCGGUCAGCAGAAAGGAAGGUGAAGUCGGACCGCGCCGGUAUCGUCCGGGAUUUGUGCUGUCAGCUCGGACAAGUCAUCUCUCCAGGAGCUGUGUUGGUCAGAGUGGAAGAAUGUAGCCACCCAAUUGUAAUGAAAGGUUUGUGUGCAGAAUGUGGUCAAGACCUCACACAAUUACAAAACAAAAAUGGGAAACAGCAAAUCCCAUUUUCUACAGCCAGUGUAUCAAUGGUUCACAGUGUUCCAGAGCUCAUGGUCAGUUCUGAGCAAGCUGAGCAGCUAGGAAGAGAAGACCAACACCGUCUGCACAGAAAUAAGAAGCUGGUGCUUAUGGUUGACUUGGACCAGACUCUGAUCCACACAACAGAGCAGCAUUGCCAGAGAAUGUCGAACAAGGGAAUCUUCCAUUUCCAGCUGGGACGAGGAGAACCCAUGUUACACACGCGACUGCGGCCUCAUUGCAAAGACUUCCUUGAGAAGAUUGCCAAACUGUAUGAGUUGCACGUGUUCACUUUUGGUAGUAGACUAUAUGCACACACAAUUGCAGGAUUUUUAGAUCCUGAAAAGAAGUUGUUUUCACAUCGAAUCUUGUCAAGAGAUGAAUGUAUUGAUCCUUUCUCUAAGACUGGGAAUCUCAGAAAUCUGUUUCCAUGUGGAGAUUCCAUGGUUUGUAUUAUCGAUGAUCGAGAGGAUGUCUGGAAAUUUGCACCUAACCUCAUAACAGUAAAGAAAUACAUAUAUUUUCAAGGGACAGGAGACAUCAAUGCACCACCAGGUUCAAAGGAAGCUCAAGUUAAAAAGAAAGCAAAUCAUGUGAAUAAAUCUGCAGAGACCUCAGAAACUAUGACGACUCCCAAAGACUCUUUGGUUUCCUCAGUUGAGGAACGGAGCAAUGGGCUCAGGAACUGUAGCAAGGAACAGAAUGGCAGCAAAAGUGUGUCAUGUGAAAAGACUUUCACAAAGUGUGAUGCUACAAGCUCUCAGGGUAAAGACUGUGACAAGAUACAAUCAGGGAAGGAGGCCGCUGUCAUCAAUACUUUGACAGACUCCGACAGGAAUAAUGAAUGUAUGAAUGUAAGGGAACAGAACACUACUUUGACAGAGCAGGAUAGUAUUGUUACGGUAAUGGAUAACGUGUCGGGUAAAAGCGGGAGCAAUGACUGUGUCACAAAUGAUUUGGACUUUGAUCUGUCCAGUGACAGUGAAAAUGAAUCAGGAACAGGCAAAAACUCCUCGGAUAGUGACCCUGACAGUACAAAAAAAUUCUCCUUGAGUAAAGGUGAAGACAAAGAGGUCGAAGAGCAGCCAUCCGAGGAUAAACACAAAGAUUCUACAGAAAAAGCUUUGCCGCUUCAAGCAGACACCGAACAGGAUGGCUUGGAUGAUUUGGAAAAUGGAUGCUCUGAUAAGAAAGAGGCUGAGACAGAGUCCCAGAAUAGUGAGCAAUCUGAGUUGACAGUGGGAGGGUCUCUGGACCAAAGUAUGGAGGAAGAAGAGGUACAUGAAGAUGAGGAAGUGGACAUGGAUGGGGAUGAUCAUUUGAUAUAUUUGGAAGAGGUUUUGGUCCGCAUACACAAGGAGUACUACUCAAAGUAUGACACAUACCUUCUAAAAGAGUCUUCCGAAAUGCCAGAUAUCCGAAAGAUAGUCCCGGAGUUGAAAGGCAAGGUGUUUGCAGGCUUGACUGUUACUUUUAGUGGACUUUAUCCCACCAAUUACCCCAUGGAAAGAACAAGAGAAUUCUAUCAUGCAACUGCACUUGGUGCAAAAAUCAGUAAACACCUUCUGCUCAACCCCAAGGAUCCUAACCGGACAACACACUUAAUAGCAGCAAGACCUGGCACAGAAAAAGUAAGGCAAGCACAAGGCUGCAAACACCUUUGCAUUGUCAAUCCAGAUUGGUUAUGGGCAUGUCUAGAACGGUGGGAGAAAGUAGAAGAACAGCUUUUUCCACUGAAGGAGGACUACGUCAAAACUCAGAGGACUAACAGUCCAGCAACAUUUCCUGAGAUCCAAGGUGCAUUUCAGACACCACUUUUUCACCCAACACCAAUCCACCCAAAGGGACAGCCGGGUCCUGAAAUUAGAACGUAUGAUGCAGUUACUGGAAAGUUGAUCAGAAAGGGGUCACAAAGCUGUACCCAGCCAUCCUAUAUCCAGCCUCCAGCAUCUCUCUCAGUCCAUGGAGAGCAGUCUUCCUUCAGAGUGGUCCAGCCUUAUCAAGCCCUAGGGGAGGAAGCAUUGCAUGAUUCAAGCAUGGAUGAUGACCAGCCUGGUCCAUCACGUAGAAAGCGGCAGCCAAGUAUGUCUGAGACAAUGCCACUGUACACUUUGUGCAAAGAGGACCUGGAAAGCAUGGAUAAAGAGGUGGAUGACAUUUUAGGAGAAGAAAGUGACAAUGAAAGUGAAGGUGGAAAAGCGGAGAAAUUUAAGGAAGAUGAACUAACACCUGCACCAAAGAGUAUACCUGUGGAUAAUCUUGAAACUGCAACUAAAGAAAGACAUUCAACACCAUCAAGUGAAGAAGGCAGUUUGAAAGAUGCUACACAGAGGGGACAUAAACGCAAACGAAAUGGCGCUGGAGAUGAAGCUGAACACUCAGACAGUGAAUCAAGUAAAGAUUCAAGUAAUGAAGAUGAAGAGAGAAGCAGCUCAGAGGCAGAUGAAAUGGCAGCUGCCAUUGAGGCAGAACUUAAUGACUUCAUGUGAUACCAGCAAACCUAUAUUAAAAAAAUAAAAUAUAUGAGCAGAGGGCUGAACUAUACAUGAUGAAGAUCAAAUAUCUGAAUGGAGACAGUAAGAGAAAAAGAGUGUUAAAAAUGAACACAGAAUAAUAAGAAAACGUGUUUUAUGCAUUUUAUUGUAUAAUAAAGUAAAACCACCUUUGGGUUCUUAUUUUCAUUACAAUUAGUUUUUAAUUUCUUGUCAAAACAACAGUGUAUUAUAAAAUUGGUCAGCUAUGCCAAAGGGUGUGAUUUAGGCACUUACAAACCACUAAGAAAAAUGUUUUUAUUUUUUCCGUUUUUACAUUGUCUUUACUGUUACUUGUCCAAUCAUACUGAAUCUUGCCAGUUGUAUUUUUCAAGACAUUUAAAUCUAGAUAUAUCCGUUUAUUUUCAUUAUCAAUAAUAAACAAAGAUUACAUUUUAAGGACUGUGGACUAAAUUAUCAGGGUUUCUAAAGCUAUCAAACUUACAUUCUUCAUAUCUCUUAUGUAUCUACUUCUCAAAACAAUACUUUUGGAUAUGGUUUUAAAAGUUUAACUAUAUUUUCAAAAUAGUUUGGAUUCUCUAGAAGGACAGUAUUUAGAUUUUAAUUCUUAUUCCUCCGUAACUUGGGAAUUUUGCACAGGUUACUGCUGUGUGAUCCUUAACUGCCAAGGUGUGUUUUCAUUCUUCGUUCCUCUUAUAAAAAUGAAAUGAAAUUGGUAGUUUCAGGUUCUAUGUUUUUUGUUUUUUUUUUUUUUUUGCUUUGUGUGAAUGGGAAAACUGAUGUAAAGUUUUUUGUAUAUUCUAUUUCAUAUUUGACCUGCCAGAAUAAUUCUUUUCAUUUAAUAAAGAUUCAUUUUUUUAA